UAGAAAUUUUAAAUUUUUUCAAGUUACUCCAUUCCUAUAAAUGAAGGCUACAUGUAUACUUAGCUAGCUACAUAGGGAACAAAUGGCCGAAAAGUUAGUGCUGGUAUCAGACAUGGCUUCCACUAUGAAGCAGGUUCCCUCUAAUUUCAUCAGGCCACUCGGUGACCGUCCAAAUCUUCAAGGCGUCGUCCAAUCCUCAGAUGUUUGCAUUCCUCUCAUCGAUCUCCAAGACCUUCAUGGCCCCAAUCGCUCCCACAUCAUCCAACAGAUUGACCAAGCUUGCCAAAAUUAUGGAUUUUUUCAGGUGACAAAUCAUGGAGUUCCAGAGGGUGUGAUUGAAAAGAUAAUGAAGGUGACAAGGGAGUUUUUCGGUUUACCAGAGAGUGAGAAAUUGAAGAGUUACUCCACUGAUCCAUUCAAGGCAAGCAGGCUGUCCACUAGUUUCAACGUGAAUAGUGAGAAGGUUUCCAACUGGAGGGACUUCUUGAGACUUCACUGUCACCCUAUAGAGGAUUACAUAAAGGAAUGGCCCUCCAACCCUCCAUCUUUAAGAGAAGAUGUUGCAGAAUACUGCAGGAAGAUGAGAGGAGUAUCAUUGAAAUUGGUGGAGGCAAUUUCUGAAAGCUUAGGUUUGGAGACGGAUUACAUCAACAGGGUAGUUGGUGGGAAGAAGGGGCAGGAACAACAGCACUUGGCAAUGAACUACUAUCCAGCGUGUCCAGAGCCAGAGCUGACAUAUGGGUUGCCAGGGCAUACUGAUCCGACGGUGAUAACCAUACUCCUCCAAGAUGAGGUACCGGGAUUACAGGUUCUCAAAGAUGGCAAGUGGGUGGCUGUGAAUCCCAUCCCCAACACCUUCGUAGUGAACGUGGGUGAUCAAAUUCAGGUGAUAAGCAAUGACAAGUAUAAGAGUGUACUGCAUCGAGCAGUGGUGAAUUGCAACAAGGACAGGAUUUCCAUUCCAACAUUCUAUUUUCCCUCAAAUGACGCAAUCAUAGGACCCGCUCCACAACUCAUACAUCAUCAUCACCAUCCGCCUCAGUACAACAACUUUACGUACAAUGAAUACUACCAGAAUUUUUGGAACAGGGGACUUUCCAAAGAAACUUGCCUCGAUAUCUUCAAGGCCUAAGUUUGAUCAUUCCAAUGUAUGUGUGGUGUGUUUCUUUAUUUAUGAUAGAAAAAUGAGAAAUAAACAAACUCAUUGCAAAAUAAAGUGUGUAAUUUCUUAUGGGACAUAAUUUUGUACCACUAGGCUGGGCCAGUUGUUUGAUGAUUAAGGCACUCUCAAUCUUAAUCAUUUAUGCUAAGGCACUCGAGAUUGUGAGAUUGUGCUUUUUUUUCUAUCGACAAUAUUAAUUGUUAGUUUGUUUGAAUGAAUAAUUUGUUUGAAUUAGAUAA